AUUCUAGUCACAUCCGCUACUGAACCGCCAACCGCCAUUGACCGCCAUCUAUGCAACCCAGUGACGCGGUUCCUGCGCGCGAUCACACGCUUCUUUCCGGUACUUGUCGUCGAGAAGGUUAGUCGUGUCGUCGUCGUCGUCCUCCAUCUAGUAAAAUGACAUCGAAAGUUUCCCGCGACACUCUCUAUGAGUGCGUAAACGCCGUGCUUCAAAACUCGCAAGACAAGAAGAGGAAGUUUUUGGAAACCAUAGAGUUGCAGAUCGGUUUGAAGAAUUAUGAUCCACAGAAGGACAAGCGUUUCUCGGGCACCGUCAAGUUGAAGAAUAUCCCCAGACCAAAAAUGCAAGUAUGUGUUCUUGGUGACCAGCAGCACUGCGAUGAAGCUAAGGCUAAUAAUAUUCCGUAUAUGGAUGCAGAAGCAUUGAAAAAACUUAACAAGAACAAGAAGCUUGUUAAGAAACUCGCAAAAAAAUUUGAUGCGUUCUUGGCUAGUGAGUCACUGAUCAAGCAAAUUCCCCGUCUCCUGGGUCCUGGUUUAAACAAGGCUGGUAAAUUUCCUGGACUGUUGUCUCACCAGGAAUCAAUGGUUGCCAAGAUCGAUGAAGUCAAGGCCACCAUUAAAUUCCAAAUGAAAAAGGUGUUGUGUCUGUCAGUGGCCGUCGGACACGUUGAAAUGACACCCGAAGAGUUGGUGCAAAAUGUCCAUCUCUCGAUAAACUUCCUUGUUUCCCUGUUGAAGAAACACUGGCAGAAUGUGCGUUCGCUUCACAUUAAGUCUACUAUGGGACCGCCACAGAGAGUGUACUAAGUCAUACUUUGUACAAUGAAUUUUUCGAAUGUAUAUUCGUUGCAAUAAAAAAAAGUAAUUUUAUGAAA